AUGCAGCUGAACAAGGGCCGAGGCUGGAAAUGGCGAAGCCUGGAAGGACAGCGGCUCCAGGCGGCUGCCACCUCCGGCCACGUCACAUGUCGCUCCAAUCCUCUCGAACUCACAUCGAUCCAUCGAAGCCUUCGUCUCUCCUUUUGCCUGCCUCUUUCCGAUGAGUCCAAUGUUCAGCCUCCCUAUCAGAAAUCUUCUUGCAGCAAAACGUGAAAAUAUUCACAGUGAUGAAAAUGUGACGAUCUCCUUCUUUUUCUCUAGUUUCGACUCUCGAAGUCAAUUAUCUUCGGUUCACGUUUCUAUCAAUCAUCAUUUAUAGUUUUUCUUGUUUUUUAUAUAGACUAAACUGAGUCCUGUUCCUGUCUUUCACGUUCUCGAAUAUUGCUAGUUCACUAAUGUCUUCCAAAUAGCUGCCUUGACUACCUCAGAAAAAAAAAAGACUUGAUCCGCCAACCAGAGACUUAGGCUGUUAGAGUGAAGUUCAAAAACGUGACAAAAGAACUUUUAAAAAAGGCAUUGGGUCUCCGAAAAGAUAGAACUUUUUGGAAGCAUGUUGGUUUGAAUUUUAUUUUUGCUCCUCUUCAAAUUUCUGUUAGUUUAGUUUCACCCCUUCCAGCUUUUCUUAUUUCGGUUUAUUUAAAUCAUGAUUUGAAAAUUAUGCGACAUAAAAAAACAUUCAUUUCCACACUGGCUGCUACUUUCUCCAGCAAAUCAUUGAUGUAAAAACUGCUAAGCGGCUCUGAAAACAACCGGAACGCGUUGUGUAAACAUGAGGUUGUGGAACAGCUGGAUCUCAACUUUUAACCCUAAUUGCCUUCUUUUGUUUUCUUUAUCUUUCGAAUUCUCCCGUUUCUAUUGAAUAUAAAAAGGACGGAAACCGAUUUUCGGGGCUCGGGAGAAUCGUGAGGGAGAGAGGCGAGACGAACGAAGACCGGCGUCGUCGGUCCUUGGGAUGUGGAGAUGGUCGACCGGAUCAGACCCGACAGCAAUGCCCGACAGAAGCAGAUCAGCCGCACCUGCUGCGAUAUGUGCCACAUCAAACUCGGUAGGACUCUGUUUUAGAGAUCGCUUUGAAAUCUAUCCAUACAAUUGAACUUUAAAUAUACUGAACUUUUAAUAAUGAUAGUCGACCUCAAUUUUUUGGUUGAAGCUUGAAUUUUUCUGGUGAGUAAGUGUAUUUCGAUGGUUUCUCUUCUUCGGACACCCAAUUAUAUCAAACCUGUGUUUUGAAACCGAAAGUUUGCUUCGCUGUGAUUUGUUUUUGUGGAUUGGGGUGACUUUCGAAAUGAAACGGCUAAAUAUUGGAUUGUUUUGCCUUCCUUUAAAAGUUUACUUAUUGUUUAAGAAUGAGGAUAAAUUAUUUUAGUUGUUACACAGGAUGUAUCUGAAGUAGUUGACGAGGCGCGUGAAUCUGAAAAAGUAGAGUGGACGAUGUAAAGUAGUUUACACAGAGGAGCUUUGCAAGUUUGAUACGCUGCUCGGCCAUUAUACCGCGAGUUCGAUUGCACCCGGCUAAAACCUUGGACUAACAAUUCGUGCGAAACGAUUUUAUUUCGGUUAAUCUAAGACCCGUGCCAACAAGCUUACUCAAAUUUUGUGUGCAAUAAAAAAAAGAUAAAAAGACAACGUAUGGGGGCUUUUUUUGUGUAACAAAAGGCUCUCCUCGAUGAAGCAAAGGUGAGAUUUCCAGGUGCGUGAUUAAACGGUGUAUCGGGAAAACGUUGAGGUCGAUAAGUCAUUUCCUGCUCUCUCUCUGAGAAGCUUGAGAGACCAAGAAAUCAAAACUAAAAGAAACUAUCCUCAAAUACGGAUCAAACAAAUUCAGGCGCCGUGUUUCUGGGUUGCGUGGAAGCAGCAGUCGCGGUUUUCGUCCUCAUAGGCGUCGUCCAGCAAGUCGUCUGGAAAAAUCAGCACUCUUCUCUAUGCGCCAAAAAGUUUCUCUCAACAUAAGUGUACCUGGGAAAAUAGUUUUCAGCUUAUUCCGAGAUUGCUUGAUCUUCCAGUUCAAUCAUUUCAACGUCACGCUCAUUUUCGACUACAUUGUCAUUCUGAUGAUGAUAUUUAUUCUGUUUUCUGUGAGUUUGAGUGGAAGAUUGUUUUUGAUUAUGUAAUUCAGGUGCUCCUUUUGUUCUGUGGCGUUUUGACAGACACCUCCUGCCUCAUUCUGCCGCACAUAAUCGUUCAAGCGAUCUUCCUCCUUUUUUCUCUCGGUUACUUCAUUCUUUACGCUUGGUCUUAUUUCUAUGGGGAUCUCCACACCUACAAACGACCUUUCAUGGUAAAAAAAAAAAGAAGAAUAUUUUUCCAUUGGAUGAACUGGUGCUUUGAAGUUCCAAUCGUUUGUGGAGAGAAUGUGGCUAGCGACGCUUCUGCUGGCGCUAGCAGGCCUGCAGUCGUAUUUAUUUUCCUCGGUCAUUCGAUGCAGUUUGUAUCUCGCGGUGAGGUCCUUUCAAAGAACUCAUUGGGAACGCCUUUCUGCAGAAUAUCGAAGACGAAAGACGGCGUCGGGAAAGAGCCUUCGAACGUUGCAGCGAACGGGUCCGCAUAGCCAAGGAGAAUGGUUUGUGGAGGACGACCAGCUGGGGAGGCGGAUUCCAACAGGUUCUGUCUUCUUCCUUCUGUUUUGAGAGGAGUUCUUGCAGUACAAGGGACAGUUCGACAAGCCCAAGAAGGAGCCGAAACACAAGGGUUUCCACGUCCAAUGGAAUGCCGACGUCGAAGUCAGCGACGAGAGAGCGCAGCUUGUAAAGUGCGCCUUUCCAAACUCAUUCUCUUUUUUCUGUUCUUGUGGACUACGCACAGCGUUUUUUUUUUCCAACUUAAAAGCAUACGAAAAUUGGAAACAAUGUUAAAUGUCAAAUCUAAUAAUUGAGGAUGAAUUUUUUUGAAAGAUGUUAUUGUCUUUUUUCUCGGCUUGAAAGGCGAGAUUGGUAAGUUUUCAAGGGUAACUUUUUGCGUAAGCGGCGUGGAAUUGCGACACAUUUGAAAUCAAAAUCAAUCAUGGAAAAAUUGAGAAAAAAAUACUUUUUCAAUGUGUUUUUUUCAACAAAAUUAAAAAAAAAAUCUAAGUUGAAUGUUUUUUCGGCAAAAGCUUAAUGAGGAUUGUUCAGAAUUUCCGAAGAUCCACCAAUAAGCUUGAGUCCUAUCGACGAGGAGUCACCACCCGUCGCGUGAGUUUUUUUUUCCAAUAAGCAAUUUCUAAGUUUUGGAACGAUCAUUUUUCAGGCUCUCAGAAUUUGCGACGAAUACUAGGAAAGAGCGCCGAGCUUCGGCGACAUCUGCUGGCAGUGGAACGCGAAGAUUCGCUUCAGAAUCUCCCAAGAAAGAUCGACCUCGAUUGGUGAAAAAAACGUCUUCCGAAGGACAUAACAGAAUGGAUUCUGAGGUUUUAAUCAAAUAUUUCGAUCAAGUCUAAGCACCGCUUUUCUAAGAUUCAAAAAGCCACCAAAGAAGUAGCCAACAAGCCGCACAUACAUCAUCACAAGGAAAAGCCAAAGGAAGAACUGACGGCCCCGAAAAGAAUCGUGAAACUGCGCCCCAGUGAGAGCUCCAAGUGGGUCUACAGAGAAUUCAGAAAGAACGAAGACGUUUCAGAGGCGUGAAGGACGUCGUCCGUCGUCCGCCUCUUCGUUCCAACAGAAGCGUCGAUUCUGGAGAGCACUACGAUGAAGUCGUCGCCUUCCACAGAGAAAGGACUCACGGAGCCCGAAGAAGGUGUCCUUCCUAAGCAAGUUCCUACUGAACUCGUCUGUUUGCAGGUCUUCUGAAGAAAUUCAACCGAUUCCUGCGAUCCAUCACCACAGAAUUCGCAGCGGCGAACGUGAGAAACUCUUUCAGUUUACAGUCAAAGGCGUUUGUUUCAGGAAAAACACACGAUACCGUCAUUCCUAUCGUGAAAAAAGUUUCUAUAACUGCGACCAUGGGUUAA